AAUCUCGAUGACCCCAUUCUCUGUCUGUCGCUCGAUUUAUACCUGGCAGUCAGUAACGCUUCAGAGCAAACUUACGAGGAUGUUCGCUUGUCACUCCUGCGAUAUGACCCUGCCCUCCAGCUCCUGUCCUUGGAUCAAGUCGAACGCCGUGUUGCGGAAUUAAGCGGCGUUGUCCCAAUUUCUCAUCAUAUGUGUGUUAACUCAUGCAUUGUGUUCACUGGACCUUUCCGAGAUCUAGUGACAUGUCCCAUGUGUCGGGAGCCUCGUUACGAUCCUCUGAAGCCAGGUACAAAGACUCCUCGACAGGAGUUUCAGACAAUCCCGCUAGGCCCACAGCUGCAG